AUGCAGGGAAGUAUGCUUGGACAGGGAAUGCUGGGUCAGGGGUUGCAGGGACAGGGCAUGCAGGGGCAGGGGUUGCAGGGGCAGCAGCAGCAGCAGCAGCAGCAGCAGCAGCCUGUGGCACAGCAACCCACGGUAACCGGAGGGCAGGUGCUGACGGGUUCAGGUGUAGCAGAGGCACCGCCGCCACCACCAUCAGCCGUUGGCGGGGGUUCCGUCCCUGCGUCUCCUGCAGUGCGCACAGCCUCGGGAGGAGGUUCGGUGCAGCGUGCCGGGCCUAGCUCGCUGCUUCGGCAAGGGUCCGGGGUGGGAGGUGCUCCCCAGCUAGUGCAGUCCGUGCCUUCGUCUCCUCAGGCACAGGCGCAGGCUCAGGCGCAGGCGCAGGCGCAGGCUCACGCAGAGGCACAGGCGCAAGCGCAGACGCAGGCUCAGGCGCAUGCUCAGGUGCAUGCUCAGGUGCAGCAGCUCCAGCAGCCGGUUAUGCAGCAGCAGCAGCCGCCCCCCUCCCCUGCGCUCCAGGCAGUGGAAGCGUAUCAAGUGCAGCAGCAGCAGCAGCAGCAGCAGCAGCAGCAGCAGCAGCAGCAGCAGCAGCAGCAGCAGCAGCAGCAGCAGCAGCAGCAGCAGCAGCAGCAGCAGCAGCAGCAGCAGCAGCAGCAGCAGCAGCAGCAGCAGCUGCUGCAACAACAACAGCAGCAACAGCAGCAACCUCCGCCGCAGCAGCAGCCUCUGCAGCAGCCGCCGCCGCAGCAGCAGCAACCUGUAGCGGCCUCACCACUCCAACAGCCGAGGCAGCACGUGAGCCAACCCACGCCCAUGGACGUUUUCCCGCCUGUAGCACCAGCUGUAGCACCUGCUGUAGCACCUGCUGUAGCAGCGGCUGUAGCAGCUGCUGUAUCAACUCCUUCACCAGACGAAGGCCCGCUGCUAGGCGCCAUUCCCCGCCGCAUACUGCCCGCUGUAGCUGCAGCGUCAGGGGACGGCGGGGGGGGCUGCGCCAGUGGCACGGGGUCCUACUCCGCCUGUGAUUUCCGCAGCUCUGUUCCGCCUCAGGUGCUCUCCUCCCCCCACGUGGUACCUUCCGUGCCCAGCUCGCCCCAACGCCCUGCUUCGCUUGCUGCUGGCGCUGCUGCGGCUGCGGCACCGGCUGUAGCAGCUGCUUCAGCUGCAGUAGCCGCGUCAGCAGCAGCCGCAGCAGCAGCUGCAGCUGGUGACAUGGAUAGAUGCAUACUCAUGCCGGGCUCAUCUGCAGGGGUGAUAGUUGGCCUGAGUGGGCUCGAAGGCACGCCUCCUCGUGUGGAAAUGGUAGAGCCGUUGGCGCUGAGGAUGAUUCGAGAGGCGGGUGGGCGGAUGCCGAGCCCUCUGAGGGAGAGCAGGGAGGGCAGGGAGGGCAGGGUGGAAGGGCUUGUGUGCCUGGCUCCUGCUUCUAGCUUUGUGGAAGAUUCAGCAGAUUCUUGCAUCCUGCAGCAGCAGCAGCAGCAGCAGCAGCAGCAGCAGCAGCAGCAGCAGCAGCAGCAGCAGCAGCAGCAGCAGCAGCAGCAGCAGCAGCAGCAGCAGCAGCCGGUUCAGCAGCAACAGCAGCAAUCACUCCCACAGCAGCAAACCCAGCAGCAGCAGCUACAGCACCAGCAACAGCAACAGCAGCACCAGCAGCAGCAACAGCAGCAGCAGCAGCAGCAAUUUCAGCAACAGCAACCACAGCAGCAGCCGUUGCACUCACUCCCCAUUCCAACACCCCAAAUGGUCCUCUCCACCUACCCCACCACCGAAGACGUGGUUCUUGAAAGAACAUCCCCGUUACUAGCCCCUCCAAUACAACUACAAUCCGAGCCAGCUUCCGCCCUCUCCAAAGCACCCCCCUUGCAAUCCCUCGGGGACCGCCGCUCCCCGUUACCCCCAGGUCACUCCCCCUUGCCUCCCGGCCACUCCCCCCUCCUAGUCACAAGAACUCCCGGCUCGGAACCCGCCCCGUUAGACCUUGAUAACUGUGGCGGGGGUAUGCCGCUGGUGGGGAUGCAGUGUGAGGGACUGCCGGUGGGGAUGCAGCAGCAGCUGCAGCAGGCGCAGGUGCAGAGCCUGCUGAAGCUGCAUAUGCAGGCUGCUGAGUCGAUCGGGCAGGUGCAGAUGGGUGGAGAGAGAGGUGGGGUGGUGGAGAGGAGUGGGGUGGGGCAGAGAGGGGCAGGUGAGGGGCGGGGCGGGGGUGGUAUGCAGCAGCAGAUGCAGGGCCAACAGCAGCAGCCGCAGCAGCAACAGCAGCAGCAGCAGAUGCAGCAACAACAACAGCAGCAGCAGCAGCAGCAGCAGCAGCAGCAGCAGCAGCAGCAGCAGCAGCAGCAGCAGCAGCAGCAGCAGCAGCAGCAGCAGCAGCAGCAGCAGCAGCAGCAGCAGCAGCAGCAGCAGCAGCAGAUGCAACAGCAGCUAUUUCAGAAAGGGGAAGGUUCACCUAGCACAUUAUCCAAGGGCGUUCUGGGGGGGGUAGAUGUGGUGAAGGUGGAAAUGGUGGAGAUUCAGGACUUGGCCCUGAUUCCCCCAAUUUGGGCAGUAGCAGAGGUGAAGGCUGAAGAGUAUGGUCUCUUUGAUGCUACUCACAGGGCACACGGGGGUGCAAACGGGCAUGUGAGCGGUCACGGGGCGGGGCUAGGUGGUGGUGGUGGUAUAGGGAGUCACGAGGAGGAGGACGAGGAGGAAAUGGAUGAGAUGGAUGAUGAGGGCGAUGAGGAGGAGGAGGAGCACCUUCAGCUGCACCAUCAGGGUCAGCUGCCCCAAUCUCACCCGCACCACCGCUCGUACCCGCCGCACCUGCUUCUGCACCCGUCACACCCUGCCCACCCAUUCCAGCAGAUGCAGCACCUGCCUCCCAACUUUCCCUAUUUCCACCACCCGAGGAAUGGGGUCACAGGGCAUGCCAUGGGCCUGUCUUCUGUCUCCUCUCUCGCCUCCUCCUCCAUCCCAGCUGGUUCAUCUGCUGCAACUGCUGCCGCCGCUGCUGCUGCGGUUGCUGCUGCUAGUGCUGCUGCAGCUGCGGGUGGUUUGUCUGGUGCUGCCCCUCUUGCUGCUACUGCACCCCCGUCUGCUGCUGCUGAUGCUGCCACUGCUGGCGCUGGCGCUUCCAGUGCUGCUGCUGCUGGUGCUGCCGGUGCAGCUGCCCCACCCAGGUGGAACCCUUCUCUUCCCCCCCACGCCCAAUCCGUCCCUUCCCUGCUCCCACCCGCCCCACCCACCUCUGCUUCCACUCCAGCUGCCAACGGCCCUCCCCCCCCACAGCCCCUACCUGCUCUCAGCAACCUCCCUCGCAUCACAGGAGUUCCUGCUGCUGCCACCGCGCCCAUCCCCCCCGCACCCAUCCCAACCACUCUCAACCCCAUGCUGCUCCCGCCGUCACUACCAACCCUCGAUCCAGCAGUCCUAGCCUCGGUUCUAGACUCGGACGCGCGUCAGAGGCACCUUCCCGAGCCUCCAGACACGGACAUGCAGGCAAUGUUAAAAGCUUUACCAGAGCAGGGGCAGCUGGUGAAGGCUGUCUUAGAAGCAGGGCCGCUGCUGCAGCAGCUUCUGGCAGCUGCUCCUAUCCCCCCCUGGAGACCCUCCCUGCAACCUGCUGAUCACCCUGCUUCCGCUGCUGCUGCUGUGACGGCGGCAGCGGCGGCGGCGGCUGCGGCUGCGGCUGCUACUGGUGCUGAUCCGGCUGCGCUGUUUGUGAGACAGCAGGAGGCGCGAGGGGAGAGGGAGCAGCAGGAACAGAUGCAGGGGUUGGGGCAGCAGCACCACAGCCAGCAUCACCAGCACCAGCAGCAGCAGCAAUCGGCAGCAGGAGCAGGACAAGGAGGGCAGCAGGGGCAGGCAGGUGGGGGAGCGUCCCAGCCAACGUCGGAACAGCUUCCCAUACCGGCUGGUGGUCUCCCUCCUUCCAUGGCUCCUCUGCCACGUGUCAGGCUCCCAUUCGCUCCCACCAGCGCGGCGGCAGCAGCAGCAGCAGCAGCGCUCGGCGUGGGUCCCUCUUCGAUCCCUCUCCCUCACCUGACAGCAGCAGCAGCAGCAGCAUCAGCCCGACCCCCUGCCUUGCCUGUUCCCGUGCCUGGCUCAUUUGCCCCGGCUGGUACCAGUGGUGCUGCAGCAGCAGCGGCGGUGGCGGCGGCAGGGGCGGUGGGAGCAGCAGCACACCCGCUCUUCCAGUCGUACGGCCCUCCCAUUCUCGCCAACGGGCACCUGCCCCAGUCAUCCUCGUCGUCAGCUCGAAUGAAAGGAGAUACCUCAGGGUUGCUGUGA